GUAGAAGGCUAGUCUGUAAACGACAAUAUCAACUCACUCGUGGACAGACAUACAAAUAGCAUGGCUGUAAGUCAAAUAAUGUCCAUUUUAUUGAUAUUAAGCUUACUGAUCUGCAUUUUUCAAGAUGUGGUGUGUUUAGGCUAUAAUGGCACAGACGUUAACGUUACGGAUAGCCCCUUUGUUGUUGACUACUGCGAACAAAGCUGCGAUUUGACUUCUAGGGCGUGUAAGUGUGACGAUAAGUGCCUAACAUACGGAGAUUGUUGCAAAAAAAAAUAUGGUACCUUCACCAAUAUAGAAAUAUUGGAAACGGAAAAAUCUACAGAAACGUGUACAGAAGUAUCCGGUUAUUUUUACUUCAUCGUUCGCAAUUGUUCUUACUCGUGGGACGACAUUCAUUUGCGAGAACUUUGUGAACUUAAUGAUAAUAUACAUGAUAUUAUACUCGACGUACCCGUGUAUGACCGUGCAGCGAAUCAUUAUAAAAACAUUGCAUGUGCAUUGUGCAAUGACAUCCAAUUAGAUGAUAUACUGGCAUGGGAUGUUAUUAAUACCGAUACUAAUUAUUCAUCAGAGACCGGUUCAAUUGUUUCCGACUUUGAGGCAAAAGACAGUGGAAUUUCUAGUCCAAUAUACACCUACAUGCCACUAAGUGCACCAGAAAACCUCAUGCCUAGGUCCUGUGAUGAUCGAAUAAUUAUUAAUAAAUGCAAAAUUGAAUCCAACACUUGUCCAGAUUAUUUUUCGCCUGUUACGUUUGACGGUUUAUCGGAAUCAUAUAUUUAUAAAAAAUCCGGACUGUGCAGCUUGCAAUGGUUUUGA